AACGUUCUGAUGUUUCAUCGCAUCGUCAAUUAAUGUUCGUGUGUAUUUCGUUCUUUUAUAAAACACAACAAUCAGCUGUUCCUACCGAUUCGACUUAUUAUUGUGUGUCUCUCUUGCAUUUAUUCUUUUCUCUGUUUCAUUUUUGUCGCAAUCGUAUGCCAGAAGGCAAAGUGUCGAGACUUUCUUUCCAAUAAAUAUAUUCAAGUGCUAUUUUAAAACUAAAUUUCAUCAACGAAAUAUAAGUGAAGAUAAGACAGCGUACUGUAAUAUUUAUUUAAUUAAAACUUGCCAUUCAUCAUGUGGAAGAAAGCUGUAAUUUUAGUUGCAUUAAUACCGUUCAUUGCACCGAAGACUUUGGUAGUUAAUUUCUACAGCGGAGAGGAUAAUGAAAUUAGUCAUGAGAAAAAUGAGCCACCACCGCACACUGACUAUGCAAAAAUGGCAAGAUGGCUUGUACACAAUUCCGAAUGGAUGGCUACAGGAACUAUCUCAACCUUACCAGAAAUUAACGGAUUCCCAAUGGUUAAUGUAAUUGCAAUGGCUGAUUCUGAAAAAGGUGGUAAAAGUACCGGAAUGAUUUACUUCUACUUAGUUAUGUUAGAUUUCACCGCACAAGAUCUUUCCAAAAAGAACCAAAUGACAGUUCUAUUCUCACUCGAUCAAUCACUUUACUGCACAAAGAAGAAUAUAGAUCCAAUGGAACCAACUUGUGCACGUAUUAUGAUGUCAGGAGAAGCUCUUAGAGUACAGAAAGAUACACCAGAAUUCGAUUAUGCUACAAAAUCAAUGACUAGUCAUCAUCCAGCAUCAGCUCAUUGGAUUGACGCACACGACUUCUUCUUGUGCAAAAUGAACAUUUCACAAAUUGUUGUGCUUGAUUGGUAUGGUGGUCCACAUUAUGUAACGCCAGAAGAAUAUUACAAAACAAAUUUGGAUGGAGAAAGAAGCCCAAAAGCUACCCUAGAAUUUAAGUUCAAAUAAGCUAGCUACUUUUCAACUAUUCCAAAAGAUCAAUAUCAAAAAAAUUAUUUUUAUAAAAUAUCGCUAGGUUGUCACGUGUAGCAAAUACUUUUUUGAUCAAAUAUAAUUUUUUUCUAAUUUUUUAUUAUAAUUGUAUCACUUUAUAA